UGUUGUUUACAUGACACUUCCGGCUUCCUCUACUGACCAGCAGGUGUCGGUAAUGCAUCAGUCUCCUUUUACAAACCCGCCGUCAGCCGUCAGUCUGAAAGAAGAAGAGGCGGUAUUUCCGGUUCCGGUUGCUGCAGUGGGAGUCCCGAGCAUUAAGCCUGAGAGAACCGAGAUGAAGAACCCGGUCAAUGUGUUGCGCUUGCCCAGAGGUCCAGACCCUCACAGCCGUGGGUUUGACCCCAGCUCACCCCGGUACGUCGCCCUGUGUCCCUCGUCCAUCCCGGCGUCCGCCACGAGCUGUACUGACCUCAGGAAGGUAGAGGAAGAGCAGAGAAUCCGCUCAGAACUGCGAGAACGGUUCCUCAGGACUCUGAUAGCCAUGACGGAUAAACAGGUUCACUUCAGAAUGUAUGAAAAAGUUCAAGUGCAGGCAAAAUUCGGAGCCUCGGACAUCGAUGUUCUGAACUUUCAGGUUUCUGACCUGCAGACCCCUCUGGGUGUUCAGAAGGAGGCAUUACUCAGGUGUCAGGAUGUGAUCUCCUACUCCUUUAACCUGUGAGAUGUUCUUGAGUUCUAUUAAAGUGAAAGGUUCUGUUUAUCUCAGUGUUUGUGUCCAUGUGUUGGUCCAG